CGGUCCAAUACUUGAACUAAUCUAAAAUGACCGAACAUAUGCCUAAUUUUAGCCCAAUUCUAUCACUUUUUUAACUUAAAAAGCUUUUCACAUCCACAAAUGGAAAACCUCUCACCUUCUUUUUUAUUAACAACUGGUUUCGUUAGGCUUGUUUUAGUGUGCAUCCUUUAUAUCCCUCUCUUCUUUCUUCACAAUUGUAAACAACAAUCAACACUAAUUCUCCAUUGAUUUUCCUUGUUAAUUACCUUUCCCAUCUCUCUCAAUAGUCCAAUUUUCAUCUUUCCCUUAUCAUUUUUGCUCUAAGGUGGUGUAUUUUGGUUUGGGUUUAGUUUUGUUUGAUAAAAGAAAUGGAUCUAGUUGAGCUUCGCAAGGUGUUCCAAAUGUUUGAUAAGAAUGGAGAUGGCAAGAUCACAAAGAAAGAGCUCAGCGAUUCACUCGAGGAGUUCAGUUUAUUUAUUUCCGAUAAAGAAAUAAACCAAAUCAUUGAUAGCAUUGAUGUGAACGGAGAUGGUUCUGUAGAUAUCGAUGAAUUUGGUGAAUUGUACCAAAUGAUGGUGAAUGAGAGGAACGAAGAAGAAGAAAUGAUGGAAGCAUUUAAUGUCUUCGAUCAAAACGGAGAUGGAUUCAUCACAUUUGAGGAGUUGAGGUCGGUUCUAUCAUCAUUAGGGUUGAAGCAGGGAAGAACUAUUGAGGAUUGCAAGAAUAUGAUAACAAAAGUGGAUGCAGAUGGAGAUGGUAGGGUUAAUUUCAAGGAGUUCCAGCAGAUGAUGAAAGGUGGUGGCUUUGCUGCCUUAAGUUCAAGUUAAUAGUCAAAGUACAUAUAUAUAUAUGUGCAUCUAUGUACGCAUAGAAAUAU